AUAAUUAGGUUUUUGUUUUUUGAUUUAGGGUUUAGAUAAAGCAUGAAACUUUCAUAGGUUUUGAUAGCUAAGAUAUUUCUAAAAUCUAAGCUUUAUAUGAUCAUAACGUGCAGAUUAGUAUCAAAAUGGAUAAGGAGAAAUCUCCUCCUAGUAGUGGAGGUCUUCCUCCACCAUCAGGUCGUUACACUCCCUUUACACCAAUGAAACCUGAAUCAUCAUCCUUUCCUCAUUUGACUCCUCCUCCAAGUGGGACCAGCUCUGAUACUGCUAACCGGUUCAGCCACGAUAUAAGCCGAAUGCCUGAUAACCCACCUAAGAAUCUAGGCCAUCGCCGAGCUCACUCAGAGAUCUUGACUCUCCCUGAUGACUUGAGCUUUGAUAGUGAUCUUGGUGUGGUUGGUGGUGCUGCUGAUGGACCUUCUUUCUCUGAUGACACUGAUGAGGAUUUGAUGUCUAUGUAUCUUGACAUGGAUAAGUUUAAUUCCUCCGCGAGUUCUUCUUCUCAGAUGGGUGAGGCGUCGGAGAUGGUUUGGAGGAAUGAGUUGGGGUCGAGUUCUAAUUUUCAGAGUACUACUCCUGGUGGUGGGUCGAGUGAGAGACCGAGGAUUAGGCACCAGCAUAGCCAGUCUAUGGAUGGUUCAACGAGUAUAAAGCCUGAGAUGCUUAUGUCUGGGGGUGAGGAUGGGUCUGGUGUUGACUCUAAGAAAGCUAUCUCUGCUGCUAAACUUUCCGAGCUUGCUCUUAUUGAUCCUAAACGUGCUAAGAGGAUAUGGGCAAACAGGCAGUCUGCUGCGAGGUCGAAAGAAAGGAAGAUGAGAUACAUAGCGGAGUUAGAGAGGAAAGUACAGACUUUACAAACAGAAGCUACAUCUCUAUCAGCGCAGUUGACUCUCUUACAGAGAGAUACAAAUGGCCUGAGUGUUGAAAACCAUGAGCUGAAACUCCGAGUACAAACAGUGGAGCAACAAGUUCACCUCCAGGAUGCAUUAAAUGACACACUGAAGGAGGAAGUCCAACAUCUUAAGGUAUUAACGGGGCAAGGUGUUUCGAAUGGUGCAUCAUCAGUAAUGAACUAUGGUUCUUUUGGAUCAAACCAGCAAUUCUAUCCAAAUAAUCAGUCGAUGCACACUAUGCAAGCUGCACAACAGUUCCAGCAGCUCCAAAUCCAUUCACAGAAACAGCAGCAACAACAACAACAACAGCAGUUUCAGUUUCAGCAACAGCAGUUGUAUCAGCUUCAGCUUCAGCAGCAGCGGCUUCAACAGCAGGAACAACAAAGCGGUGUCGCGGAGCUAAGAAGGCCGAUGUCUUCUUCGGGUCAGAAAGAGAGUGGACCUGAUCUUGAGUCUUCCUCGGCAAAAGACUGAAGAGUGUUUGACUGUGUUAGUCUCUUGGAAAAAUCUCCUUUCUCUUUCCAGUUACAAAGUUGUGGCGUUUUCUCCCCUGAUCAGAGGCUCAUGGGGUUUGGGAUUUAUUGCAUUCUAGAUGUUAAAAACAAGACACCUUAGAUGUUGUUAGUGAAGCCAUUGUCUGUAGUCUUUUUUAUCCAUAUUCAAAUUCGUUGGCCUUUGUUCUGUUUGGUUAUUUGAAAUGUCUCUGGUUUGGUUUUAGAUUUGAAAUUUGUUUAGUCUGCAA